UGCAAAUGAACGGGAUGGAAAUGAGACAAGAACGCUCUCGGUUUGGGUGUUGGCAACGCGGAAGGAUGGUAGAAAACCACCAAUGAUCCCUUAUGGGUGGGGUUUACUCGAGGGUGAAGGGGUACUAGUAUUUUAUAGUAAAAUACUAGUAAGAAUAGAAAGUCAGCUGCUGCUGUCUGCCGGUUGAAUGUUUAUUUUUCGUCGAGUUGGAAUGUGUCAGUUUUGAGGUCGUUGAGUGAAUUAAUUCGACUUCCUAAAGGUCACUGGUCCUUCUGUCUCUAUCUGUGUGGGUGAGUGUUUGAGUGUUCAGAAACGUCAGCAUGGUUCUCACCAUCAUGAAAGAGCUUGGCAAGCAGCUGCUGCGCGUGAAGGUGGUAGACUGCAGCACAGAAGAGUCUCGGCUCUCUCGAUGCCUCAACACAUUUGACCUGGUGGCUCUGGGAGUGGGCAGCACACUGGGCGCUGGCGUCUAUGUGCUGGCCGGAGCCGUGGCACGGGAAAAUGCUGGACCAGCAAUCGUUCUGUCCUUUCUGAUUGCAGCGCUGGCCUCAGUUAUGGCUGGACUGUGUUAUGCUGAGUUUGGAGCUCGUGUGCCUAGGACAGGCUCUGCGUAUCUGUACAGCUAUGUGACAGUGGGGGAGCUGUGGGCCUUUAUCACCGGCUGGAACCUCAUCCUGUCUUAUAUUAUAGGAACAUCCAGCGUUGCCCGAGCGUGGAGCGCCACCUUUGAUGAGCUCAUUGGGAAGCAUAUAGAGGAGUUCUGCCGGCGGCACAUGAGCAUAAACACACCAGGACUGGCCGAGUAUCCAGACAUGUUCGCUGUGAUCAUCAUCCUCACGCUAACAGGUCUGCUGGCAUUUGGGGUGAAGGAGUCUGCUAUGGUUAAUAAGGUGUUUACCUGUGUAAACGUGCUGGUACUGAUGUUUGUGGUGGUGUCAGGACUGAUCAAAGGAACUCUCCAAAACUGGAACCUGAAUCCAGAGGACAUCCUCAACCACACCACUUCUGCAAAUGUGUCUGUGCCACUGCCAACUGAAGAGAGUCUGGGUUUUGGUGGAUUCAUGCCGUUCGGCUUCUCUGGAGUUCUGUCCGGUGCCGCCACCUGUUUUUAUGCUUUUGUCGGGUUUGACUGUAUCGCCACAACAGGUGAGGAGGUGAAGAAUCCCCAGAGGGCUAUACCCAUUGGCAUUGUAGCCUCUCUCCUCAUCUGUUUCGUCGCUUAUUUCGGUGUUUCGGCUGCACUGACGAUGAUGAUGCCGUACUACAUGCUGGACAAAAACAGUCCUCUGCCUGUGGCCUUCAAAUAUGUGGGCUGGGAAGGAGCGACGUACGCUGUAGCCGUUGGCUCUCUUUGUGCUUUGUCUACCAGUCUUCUGGGCUCCAUGUUCCCUCUGCCACGCAUUAUCUUUGCCAUGGCAAAUGACGGUCUGAUCUUCAGCUUCUUGUCUCGUGUCAGUGAGAGGAAAACGCCCAUCGUCGCCACCACUGGGGCCGGGCUGCUGUCCGCCAUCAUGGCUUUCCUGUUUGAUCUGAAGGAUCUGGUUGAUCUGAUGUCGAUUGGCACUCUGCUGGCUUACACUCUGGUUGCAGCCUGUGUCUUAGUCCUGAGGUACCAGCCAGAGCAGCCCAGUGUGAAUGUACAGUAUCAGAGAGCCAGUUGUCAGGAGGAAACAGAGGCCGAGUCCAUCAAUGAGAGCAGUGCUGGCUUCCUGCCUGGAUCUUCUGAUCUCUUUAGCCUUCGCAACCUGCUGUCCCCCCAAAACGAGGAACCUUCUCGCCUCUCUGGCCUCACGGUCAACAUCUGCACCAGCAUAUUAGGCGUUUUGGUGUGUGUGUUCUGUGUGGUUGCAGUUCAGGGAGGAUUUCAAACUUGGACUCUUGCAGUUCUUAUCUCUCUGGCUUUAGUUUGCUUGAUCAUCACCUUGUUAAUAUGGCGGCAGCCUGAGAGCAAGACAAAACUUUCUUUUAAGGUUCCUCUGCUGCCGUUUCUCCCCGUUCUCAGCAUGUUCAUUAAUGUGUACCUGAUGAUGCAGCUGGACAAAGGCACCUGGAUGCGUUUUGCUAUUUGGAUGGUAAUAGGAUUUAUUAUUUAUUUUGGCUACGGGAUCUGGCACAGCACAGAAGCAGCAUUAGCACGGAGCGAGACCGAAGACAUCAACGCCUUCAAACCCACAACAACAGAUGAAGCAGCCACACCUGAGAAAGAGGCGUUUUUGGGCAACUGUAUUAAUGACCGAGCAGAGGAGAACAGUGACCCUUGAGAAAACACUGUUCCAGAAUGUGCUCCAUGUACCAGUGUACGACAAACACAAAGCUGCUACUGACAUUCAUGAUGCUUCUAUCAGAUUGUAUGUGUUACUGUAGAUCCAAAGAUUCUUUUAAGGCAGCAUUACAACAUGUGACGAUUUUAAAAUUUGCCUUUUAUUCAGGUAAACCAUGAAGGACAGCAUUACAAAUGUGUACAUAUGAAUGUACAUUGCACUAUUAGAGCAACAAGUUCUUCCUUUUUGUCUACUGGGUUAUUUUAAUAUAUUUUAUUUUUGUAGCAUGUUCUCAUCGUGCUUUUUUUUUAAAGGGGUCCUGAGCAAAACCCAUGUAACAUUGUUAACCAUUAUUCUUCAGCGUGCAUUUUGUAUAUGAAUGCAAAAUUCUAAUACAAUUUGUUACUAUUUUGUUUCUUUCUA